AGUCUUCCUGGGCAGAUGCCACAUGCUGACUUGGGGGCUUUGCCAACUUUCUUGGUGUACAGGUACACAAUACGGUUACCAGGUGUCCGGGAACUGCACAAGAGCACGGUUACACAUUCCUGAGCUCAAUGGUGCUGCCAGGAAAUAUGGGCCCCAUGGAAGGAUAUGACAACGUCGGUGCUGUUGGUGCAGUCAUUGCAGUCCCUGCAGUGUAGGCUAAUAUGAAGACAUCAGUUGGCAAACCAGACCCUGGAAAGCACCUACGAUCUUUUCAACUCAUUUGAAACUCAAGACAACAGCAUGUCUCAUUUCCAGUAGAGCCUGCUCCAGAACUCUCCCUCUACCUACCACCACUGAGUGUGAGGACACCGCAAUCUGCACAGAGAUGGCUUCAGACAAACCUUGGAUGGAUUCAUUGGAGCGGAAACCCUUACUGGACCCUGCCUGCAAGCGGCAGGUUCAGCGAUGUCUGAGGAAAAAGCUGAGGCCUGUGAGGAUCUUGGGGCUCGUGGUCAGCAUGCUGGCUGUAAGUGCUAUCUCCUUCAGUGCCUUGACAAGAAGCUCGGGUGGUCUCAGUGAGCUAGUGUCCCCUGAGGAGAGUGUUCACCAAUCGGCCCCUUACAGGACUCUACUUUUCACCCAGCAGCAGAAGGACCCCAAUGUCUCGGCCGAGAUUCCUAUUGCAAUGAAAUCAACAGCAAAUAGCAACGAAAGCCAAGGAGAGUAUCCUAGAGACAUUUUCAGCCUUGAGCAGAGGCGCAAAGGAGCAGUGGUCCUCCACAUGUUUGGCAUGAUCUACAUGUUCAUUGCCUUAGCCAUAGUGUGUGACGAGUUUUUCGUCCCAGCGCUCACGGUCAUCACAGAGAAGCUGUCCAUCUCAGACGACGUAGCAGGGGCCACCUUCAUGGCAGCAGGUGGCUCGGCGCCGGAACUUUUCACCUCCAUCAUCGGUGUCUUCAUCUCGCACAGCAACGUGGGGAUCGGGACCAUCGUGGGCUCAGCCGUCUUCAACAUCCUCUUUGUCAUUGGGAUGUGCGCCAUCUUUUCCAAGGAGAUCCUCAACUUGACGUGGUGGCCUCGACUCCGUGCACGCUCCUUCUACAUCCGGGAUCUGAUCAUGCUCAUCAUCUUCUUCCUGGACAACAUCAUCUCCAUGUGGGAAAGUAUCACGCUGCUGUCCAGCUACGCUGCCUACGUCAUCUUCAUGAAGUGCAACAGCAAACUGGAGGGCUUCGUCAAAAACUGCAUUAAAAAGAAUCAAGUGGUGGAAGUAGCAGUGCAGCCCAAGGAGAAGACAAGUCCCGGGGCACCAGAGGAUGACGGCAAGUUGUCGACAAGGCCACGGCUGCAGAGGGGGGGCAGCUCCGCCUCCCUGCACAACAGCUUGAUGAGAAACAGCAUCUUCCAGCUCAUGAUUCACACAUUAGACCCUUUGAGUGAAGAAUUUGCUGACUCUGAGCUGGGGACUUAUGGGAAACUAAAAUAUUAUCACUCAAUGACUGAGGAAGGCAAAUUUCGAGAGAAAGCGUCCAUCCUUCACAAGAUCGCUAAAAAGAAAUGCCAAGUGGAGGAUAGUGAAAAGGCCAACGGAGUGGCAAGCCGUUCAGAUAAGAAUCUUCCCAACAGCUCCAGUGUAGAAGUGGAGGUGACACCGCCCAUGAAUGGAACAGCAGGACAGGAAGGAGAGGCGGCUGAGGAUGAGGAGGAAGAGGACCAGCCUCUGAGUCUGUCCUGGCCCGAAUCAAACCGCAAGCGCUUCACCUACCUCCUUAUUAUACCCAUCGUCCUCCCCCUGUGGCUAACACUCCCUGACGUCAGGAAAGCGUCAUCAAAGAAGUUCUUCCCGGUCACCUUCUUGGGCGCCAUCUCCUGGAUUGCCGGCUUCUCGUAUCUAAUGGUGUGGUGGGCUCACCAGGUUGGAGAGACCAUUGGGAUUACGGAGGAGAUUAUGGGCCUGACUAUAUUAGCAGCUGGAACCUCCAUCCCUGACCUCAUCACCAGUGUCAUUGUGGCACGCAAGGGUCUGGGGGAUAUGGCUGUCUCCAGCUCAGUGGGCUCCAACAUCUUUGACAUUACUGUUGGACUGCCAUUCCCCUGGCUCCUCUGGUCCUUCCUUAACAACAUGAAGCCAGUGCAGGUCAGCUCCAACGGCCUGUUCUGUGCCAUCGUGCUCCUCUUCCUCAUGCUGCUCUUCGUCAUCGUCUCCAUCGCCGCCUGCAAGUGGCGCAUGAGCAAGCUGCUGGGCUUCAUCAUGUUUAUGCUGUACUUUGUCUUCCUGGUGGUCAGCGUCAUGCUGGAGGACAAGGUCAUUUCCUGUCCGGUGUCCGUCUGAUGGACCUGACUUUCUUUGCGUCGUUUAAACCCAUCAUCACUAACAAUACAGCCAUGUUUCCUGACUGACGUCACUUUUAACUGAUCUUUACGACACUUCAUUCCAGGAACAAAAGAACUGAUUUAAAUACUAUUAUAUAAAACUAUAUAAAACCAUAUAUGAAUAUUUUAUUUAUUUAUUUAACAUUUAUUUGGCUGACUAAGAGUAGAUCUGGCCUGGAUGAAUUUUAUUUAUUAUAAUGAAUAUUUAACAGCGGGUGAAAGGGAUUGUGGGUGCAUCAGUGAAAUACAGUUGGGCUUCAAGAUACGAGUUGAAUCCGUUCCACAACAGCACUCCUAUGUUGAUCAGCUCGUCUCUCAGCUGCAUUUCCCCCAUUAGAAAUAACUAAAAACCAACUAAUUAAUUCCAGCCCCCCAGAAAUAUACUUUAUACUAAUCCCCCCUCAUCUAAACAUCAAAAACAUAGAUAUCAACGAAAGAACUCCGUUGAGCACUCAUAACUCGAUGUUUCGUCGUAUCACGAGGAAACAUUUGCUUACUCCUAACUUGGAAAACUCAGAUUUCAGGCAGCUCGUAUCUCAAGGCCCCACUGUAUAGACACAUUAUGCAUGUCAAUAAUGUUACCAGAUAUGGCCACUGACCUUUUGUGAAGUGUUGGGUUAAACAGAAAACUAGCUUUCCUUUUAAAUACUAAGACUAAUACUAAUACUGAUUAAGAACAUUGGGCUGGAAGUAUGGUUGUACUUCUGCCAUCAACAAGAGUGAAGAGGAAUUUGUGGAAUUUGAUGCUAGAUGCUGAAGAUGCUUUUCCCAUCUUGUGGUACUGAGUGAAGGUUCUCCUCCGGGUUUUCACUUGAGCAACAGAGAAGAAAAGAAACUAGACAGACUUGUUCUUCGUCCCAGUGUCAGUGUGAACACCUUCCCUUCUACUUGGGAUGUGAUGUUUUCAUUUUCAAAGGACUUUGGGAUUCAUUUUCAUCAAACCUACAGCGUAGCAUUAGCUGUACCGUAGCAGGAUUAGCAAUUGGAGUCCUUUUGACGUUUGUAUCAUUUUUUUGGUUUUUGCCAUUUUGUCAUUGUACAAACAGGGUUCAGGCUUCACGUGCACCGACUGAUUAAGACGAGCAUCUCAAAUUAUAUGCCCACCUAGAGCAGGUGUAAUUCACACUCAUUUCUAUUGCAUCAUGAAGUGGAUGUCAAAAUAGUACGGUAUAAAAAAAACUUUACAGUGUUCAUCAUGGUUUACGUAGAUUAGUGGUAAAGAGUAGUGUAACGUUGACACUAGAGCUGGAAUCAACUGCAUGAAAAUAAUUAUAAGACACUCAGAGCUGCAUCAUAACCAUGGGAAUCUAAGGAGUUCUAUACUAAACUGUAUACUUUUUUAAAGCUACUUCUUAAUGCAAAGCAGUGCUCGAUCUCUAGGUAGAAAAACACCACGUAUACGGUCAAAAUUAUUUAAUCCAAUUUGUGCGAUUUCUUUUCUAUUCAAAGGUGCUUUGGUGUGCAUGCGUGCAAACAGCGUUUAAAGUCAUGACACAAUGACAACACCUUCAUUUUACCUACGACUGAAGGUGAAACUACCAGUAUUUUGCAACAGACUGCAAAAAACCCAUGUAUAUAUUAAAAAAUAAAACAGAAACCACAAUCUCUUUAACCUAGAUAGAAAGUAGAAACCACAGAUUAAACAGCAAUAUACCAUGUGUGUCACUGUCUAGAAUUGACCCCCCCCCAGCCCCCCCUCGUCCCAUGUGUCUGUUUCUCUUCCUGUCUGACAUGGUCCACAUGACCCACGACCCCCUUCCUGUUAGCGCUGGCCAGAAAUACCCGCUUUACCUCAGCACAGCCGCUGUACAGCAGCUUAGUAGAAACACGGUAUCUGUAAAAUAGUAGUAAAUAGAUUCUCUGAGUGUGUGAGGAAAAACUGCAUGCAAAGAACUUUGGGCUGGUUCCCCACUGACUGUACAGCUGGGGCGAUCCACCAAUGUAUUUAUGUUCACUUUUAUGCAUCCAUUCAGAGAUGAACACCAAGAAAUCACUGGUUUUAAUUUGUAAAUAUCAUCUUUGUUUUUGUUGUAGUUAGAAAACAAAUCAGAUGGCCUACACCUUCAUUUUGAAUUUUUUUCUGGAAAUGGGAAGCGGCAGGAAAGACUCGAGGGGCAUUUAUUUCAACAACCCCUCAGAAAGGCAUUUCCUCCUCCUCCACGUCGAGUAUAUUUUUGCCUCAUCAUCUCACUUUGUCAGAACAUGAAUUAAUAAUCAACUUAAAAAAGAAAAUCAAACUAAAUUUGUUAGAAAUCUGCACUAAACCUAACAUUGAAAAACUAUUAGGCUAAAUAAAACUAGCAAUUUCCCCCCAAAAAUUAUCUUAUUUAUGGUCUUAUUUAUCCUUAAACAACAAAAAUAUAAUUAUCUUAAAUGUUCUGACUUCUGCUGUCUGCUGUGUGUGCACAGAAGUAUUCACGUCCCUCCCCCAGUGCUUUAUGGUGAAGGUGAAGAAAAAUAUAAUACACAUGCACAAAAGAACUAAACUGGGAUUAUCAGAUGACCUUGGCAUGGAAUGUGGUUUCAGACAGUGAAACGUGCACACCCAUUGACAUUCUUCCUGUUUUAUUUUCUUGGUGUUGAUGUAAGAUUUCUUCAAAGUGUACAUAUAUACAGAUGCAAAUGAAUAAUAUAAUCUAUAUGUGAAAAAGAAAUGUCUCUUUAUGUAAAAACACAAAGUAUAUAAUGAAACAAAUAAAGAGGUAAAUUGAAAUA